AGAGAGACCGGUAUAGUUUACAUGUAAUUUUACAACCCACAGGCUCAAUCGUAAAUUAGUAAACUAUAUUAAUAAACGUUAUUGUUGAUAAUUUCUACAGAUAAGCUUAGAACAACAAAAAAAUCAGAUCGCAUUUUGUUUUUAAAAAUGUAUGCGCAGUGUGUUUCUAAUUAGAUCUAUAUAAAUAACACACUCAACCAUGGAUCUCUUUGUUUCAUAGCGGUAUACCCUUUAGUAUCAUCGAUCUUCUUUAGCUCAGGGUAAAUGUCAAUUACAUGUUUUGACUUUAAACAAAUCUUUUAAAAAAUGAUGUUGGCCAGUUAAAUAGAAAGUUGAAAAGAGGAAAUGGCUGAGCUUCAUGGUGAUCAUGAAACUCAAGAGUGUGAAAUUGGAGAAGCUGAUCUACACAAAUAUAUGACAGGUUGUAAGAAGAAUCCAGGUCAUGAACAGUUUAUCCCUAUCAGUACAUUCAGCGUAAAGCAGCUUCCUAAAGGUUUUAGAGACAGCGAUUUGUUUGGGAAUAUAACAGCUGUAGCUGACUUGACAGUUAAAAUAGAUGUGAAAAUGACCAGUCUACAUAGGCCUGAAGUUUGGCCCAAGACAAAUCACUUGUAUCCUUUCUACAACACCAGAGGAAAUACAAACUUGAGGAGCGGAAUGAUCGUAUAUGUUGAUAAGUUUUUAAAUGGAGUUGAUCAAUAUGGAGCUCAAGGCUCAAAGAAAUGUUGGUGUACAAAAUGUGAACAUUCAGACUCACCCAGCAAUGUGUUGUGGGAAUUAGUUGUGUUUACAGCUUCUCAUGUAGUUUUUGAUGAUAUUGAGGCCAGUCACACAUCUUUAAAACUGUUUUAUGAUAAAGAUGGUUGUCCAGAGAUUGUCGUUGAUAAGGUUAGGGUUGAUAAUGUAAACGUCGAGUAUGACAGGUGUAAGUUGAAAUGUGUGACUUGUGAUCAAAGUUUGGGACAGAAACUUGAAACAAUGAGAAAGUAUUACAGACAUGAAGUCCAAACCAAAUUUGACCAUUAUAGUGUCCCAUCCUCAUGGAUGUUCUAAACAAAUUAGUAUUGGUCACUGGGAGCGCGAAAUAAAGGUAGAUGAUAUAUUUAGCAAGUUUUUCUAUACAACUUGUACAUGUCCAGGUAGUAGCGGAGCCAUCGUCCACUGUCUGGGGAACAGCAAGACGACGUCGAUGUCAAAAUAUGUUCAUUGCGGAAGUCUCAAGUCUGGAUUAAAUUAUAGUGGGGUUGGCUACAUCAUGUGAUUAUUCCGUGCUCUUAGAUAUGAAAAAUGAAAAAUAGUGUGGUGAUUUGUUUCAAAGCUUAUAUCAACUUACCCUGUCUGUCUAUUAGGCCUAAUCUGUCUAUCAAUUCUCGGAUCAAGUUGAAGCUUUAAACAAUUAUUUAUUGUACCUAACAAACAUGAAUCAAGUGAAAAAUUAAACAAUUAGUCAAAUGAUUAUUGGUAAGUUUAUUUUAUUUGAUAUCAAAAAAGGUAUUGAGAUUUCCGCUGAUGUCGUGUGACGUAAUGUUUCUAAAAAUACAAGAAUUUAAGCGAGUCUCGCUUUAGGGGUAGUUAGGUUGAUGGAAAACGGAAAAAUAUGUGUAUAAACGGAGUGAUAUUUGAGAACUGAGCAAUAUUUUGAGAGUAGGGAAGGAUACACUUAGCCAUAUAGCACUUUAGAUCAAAGCAACUUCAAAAAUAACCUAACAUACACAUCCAUAACACUAAAGAAGAUUACCCAUCACAAAUGGAAGUUCUCAAUCCGACACAGCAGAAAUAAAUACCUAUCACUGUUAAUAUUAAUAGCAGGAGAUGUAGAGUCAAAUACAGGGCCUAGAUCUAAAGAUAGAUGCAACAUCUGCAAAAAAGUAUGCACCAUGAAACAGAAAGCCAUUCAAUGUGACACUUGCGAUGAAUGGUACCAUGCAUCAUGUCUCCAUAUGAAUACACCUGUGUAUUAUGCCUUAGGCAACAAAGUGUACCGUGUACCGUGUGGGUUACCUCAGUUUACAUCAGGACUGUUUGAUUCCUUUGAUCACUUCUAACCCAUACAACAUCCUAAACACCAUCCCAAACCAAACUCACCAACCACUAGCCAGAUCCACUCGUGUUAAACCUAAAUCUACUAAAAUUAAUACAACAGCCUCACUAAACAAACCUACUAAAGAAGUAACACCAAAAUACCUUAAAACCUUAGUAAUAAAUUUUCAAAGCAUUAGGAACAAAACAGCAGACUUAGAAAUUUUAUUAGAAUGUGAGAAACCAGACAUAAUUGCAGGCACAGAAACUUGGCUACAUCCUGAAAUUUAUAAUGCAUAAAUUUUCAAUAGUAAUUAUGAAAUUUUUAGAAAAGAUAAGGCUAAUAAUCAUGGAGGAGUUCUUUUAGCAAUAAAAACACUCUUAUAGCAGAAGAAAUUACCUUACCUAACUCAAAAAAUGUAGAAUCAACAUUUUGUAAAAUUAAUACCACCUCAACAUCCAUAAUAAUAGGAAGCAUUUACAGACCACCAAAUUCUAGUUUAGAAUACAUGCAGGAACUAUGUAAUCAGAUUACUACACUUAAAGAGACAAAUAAAAAUGCAGUUUUUUGGAUUAUGGGUGAUUUCAACCUACCUGAUAUAAAUUGGAAAACACUAACCAUAGAUAAACACCAAAACCUUAAGGACAUAAAUGAGCUUUUCAUAGAAACUUUACACAACCUAAGUUUAGAUCAAAUCAUUAAAAAGCCAACUAGAUUAAACAAUACAUUAGAUUUCUUCUUAACCAACAGACCUGGAUUAGUAGUUGAUUAUGAUAUUAUCCCUGGUCUAUCAGACCAUGAGAUCAUAAAAAUACACAGUCAGAUAAAAGCAGUAGCCAAUACAAAACCCAAAAGAAAAAUCUUACUCUGGAAUAAAUGUAACCUAACACAACUACACCAAGCUGCAUUAAACUUUCAACAAACAUUCUUAUUAGAAAAAGACAUUAACCAACCAGUCGAUGACCUCUGGAAUUUCAUUAAAAACCAUCUUAAAAGCAUUAUAGAAAAUCAUAUACCAACUAAAUACACAUCAAACAAAAUAAAUAAAUGCUGGUUUAAUAAUAGACUAAAGAAGCUUUGUAAACAGAAGGAAAACCUAUAUAGAAAAUUUAAAGAAACUAAUGCAGAAAGAGUUUACAAAAAGUAUAUAAAAUUAAACACUUAACCCAAAAAGUAAGCAGACAGCUGCAGAGUGAAUACAUAAACAAUGUAAUAUCUAAAGAUAACAACAAAAACCUAUGGUCAUACAUUAAGUCUAAGAAAAUGGAAACAACAGGCAUAGCGCCAUUAAAAGAUGAACAUAACAUAAUACAUAAUGAUAAUGAAACUAAAGCAAACAUCCUAAACAAAUACUUUGCAUCAGCAUUCUCAGCCCCAGGAGACAAAGACAUAUUACUGAAUUUGAACCAAGUAGACAACAUAGAAGAUAUAGUAGUACAAGAAAAUGGAAUUCAAAAACUAUUAGCCAACACCAAACCAAAUAAAGCUUCUGGACCUGAUGGUAUUCCAGCUAGAUUACUCAAAGAACUAAGCAAUGAGCUAGCCCCAGUGUUCAAAAUACUCUUUCAGGCUUCACUUAACCAGGGCAGAGUACCAAAGGACUGGAAAGAAGCUAAUGUCACCCCCCUAUUUAAAAAAGGAGAAAAAUCUGACCCAGGAAACUACAGACCUGUAUCACUUACCAGCAUCACAUGUAAAAUCCUAGAACACAUAAUAUGUAGCAACAUCAUAAACCACUUAGACAAACAUAAUGUCCUCACACCAUACCAACAUGGCUUUAGGAAAUAUAGAUCAUGUGAAACACAACUAAUAGGAAUAAUUGAUGAUUUUUCAAAAGGUUUAGAUAAUAGUGAACAAAUAGAUGCUAUCAUACUAGAUUUUUCUAAGGCUUUUGACAAAGUUCACCAUCAUAGUUUGCUUAAAAAAUUAAAAUAUUUCGGCAUUAAUGGUCCACUGCAUCAGUGGAUUAAAGAUUUUCUGAUAGGGAGAGAACAAACUGUAAUAAUAAAUGGCUCUAAAUCAACACCGAUAACAGUAAACUCAGGUGUACCUCAAGGAACAGUCUUGGGUCCACUACUAUUUUUAAUUUACAUAAAUGAUUUACCAAAUUGCAUUACUUCAGGAACAAAAGUCAGAUUAUUUGCAGACGAUUGCAUAAUAUAUAGAACAAUAAAAACAACACAAGACACAGAUAUUUUACAAAGAGAAUUAGAUGAAUUACAGAAAUGGGAAUCAAAUUGGAGCAUGUCUUUCCACCCAGAAAAAUGUCAGUUGUUAAGAGUAACAAAAAAACUAAAACAAAUUAAUUCCACUUAUCUUAUUCAUGGCAAACCAGUAACACAGACUAAAAACGCAAAAUACCUAGGUGUUAUAAUAAAUGAAAAACUGUCAUGGAAUCCAUAUUGAUGAAACUA